AUGCUUCUUCUGCUUUCCUUCGGCUUGGGAGCUUUCAGCGCGACUGCUUCGUCCUGUGUGGACCAGAGGUCCAAGCCCUACCUUCCUGUCACAGAGUCCCAGGUGGAGCCUGAUGUGAGAGAAGCUGCACUGGGCCGGCUCGGCACAUGUCAGUCUCGGCUGUGUAAGGUACGGAUGGGUGUCUUCACCUGCCUCGUACUCUCAGUUGCCGGGACCCUGGCUUUCAGCCUCUACCGCGCCUACAAAGGGACCUGUCAGCUAGCAGCGGACCUCCAGGUGCCUCAGAGACGGCUUGGAAUGUAG